GAUGAAAUACAUAAAAUUCGUCUCCUUCUAUUGAGUCUCGGUGAGAUGAGUCUCAGGCAGCAUAUUUCAGCAUCAGAUAUAAAGUCUCUCAUAGCCUUUUUUGAAAGUAGCCAGGACAUGGCAUGCAUUGAAGAUGUUCUGCAUAUGGUUAUUCGGGCUGUUUCUCAGAAACAACUGCUUGCAUCUUUCCUUGAACAAGUCAAUAUGAUUGGUGGUUGUCACAUAUUUGUAAAUCUUCUUGAAAGGGACUUCGAGCCCAUCAGACUACUAGGUCUGCAGUUCCUUGGACGACUGCUGGUUGGUCUUCCGUUAGAGAAGAAAGGAUCAAAAUUUUUCAGUAUUGCUGUUGGCAGAUCUAAAUCUCUCUCAGAGGGCCUUAGGAAAGUUAGUUCAAGGAUGCAACCCAUUUUCUCGGUUAUAUCUGACAGACUGUUUAAAUUUCCUCAGACAGAUCUCUUGUGUGCAACAUUGUUUGACGUUCUGCUUGGCGGUGCCAGCCCUAAACAGGUUCUACAGAAGCAUAACCAACUUGACCUUCAGAAAAGUAGCAGAAAUAGCUCUCAGUUUUUCCUUCCUCAGAUUUUAGCCCUUAUUUUCAGAUUCUUAUCAGGUUGUAAGGAUGCUCCUACAAGAAUAAAAAUUAUUAGCGAUCUACUUGAUCUUCUCGAUUCGAAUACUACAAACGUUGAAGCUCUAAUGGAACACGGGUGGAAUGCAUGGCUGGAUGCCUCCAUGAAGCUUAAUGCAUUGAAAAACUACAAAUUGGAGUCGAAAAUUAACAAUGAUACUGAAACUAGUGAGCAAAAUCUUUUGAGGAGUUUCUACUGUGUUGUUCUUUGUCAUUACAUGCAUUCUAUAAAAGGUGGCUGGCAACACUUGGAGGAGACCGUGAACUUUCUCCUUGUACAUUGUGAACAAGGUGGAAUUGCUUAUAGGCACUUCCUUCGUGAUCUGUACGAGGACUUAGUCCGCAAGCUGUUAGACUUAUCUGCGGUGGGAAACGUUCUUGUCACUCAGCCUUGUCGAGACAACAUGCUGUAUCUUUUAAAACUUGUUGAUGAGAUGCUUCUUUCUGAAAUGAAGUAUAAUCUUCCGUAUCCAGCCAGCAACACAGAAUUUUCUUCAGAGUUCUUAGAACUAGAACAUCUGAAAGACCUUGGUUCUGCUUUACUUGAUGCCCUCCAAGGAGAACCUGAUGAGAAGCAAUCGAGGUGUCAUGUUUCCAAGCGGCCUGUCGUUAAUGAAGAUGAGAAAAUUGACAAUGAGUGGUGGAAUUUAUGUGACAAUCUUUGGAAUGCUAUAAGUGAGAUGAAUGGCAAGGGACCAAGCAAGAUGUUACCCAGGUCCUCACAGUCAGUAACACCAUCACUUAGCCAAAGAGCCCGUGGCUUGGUAGAAUCACUGAAUAUACCAGCUGCAGAAAUGGCUGCAGUUGUCGUAUCAGGGGGAAUUAGCAAUGCUUUGGCUGGAAAACCCAACAAGCCUGUUGAUAAGGCUAUGCUUUUAAGAGGGGAAAAAUGUCCAAGAAUUGUAUUUCGGUUGAUUAUCCUAUAUCUUUGUAAAUCAUCGCUUGAACGAGCAUCUCGAUGUGUACAACAGGUUAUCCCCCUUCUGCCUUGCCUUCUGACUGCUGAUGAUGAGCAAAGCAAGAGCCGCUUGCAGCUUUUUAUUUGGGCAUUACUCGCAGUUAGGUCUCAUUAUGGGGCGCUGGAUGACGGGGCUAGAUUUCAUGUUAUAGCUCACAUGAUUCGAGAAACUGUCAAUUGCGGGAAAUUGAUGCUAGCUACAAGUAUUGUGAGCAGAGAUGAUUCUUUAGAGUCAGGGAGCAGUACUAAAGAUGGAAGCACCAUUCACAAUCUGAUUCAAAAGGAUCGUGUGCUUUCUGCGUUUGCUGAUGAAGUAAAAUAUGUCAAGAGUUCAACAGCAGAUAGGACCAUGCAGUUGCAUGAGCUUCGUGUUAGGUUGGAUGAAACUGCAGUUGCAGAUUCCAACCAAAAGAAAGCUUUUGAAGAUGAAAUGCAGAGCAGUUUAAAUGUCAUUCUUGCCUCCGAUGACAACAGAAGGAGUUCUUUCCAACUAGCAUAUGAUGAACAUCAGCAAAUAGUUGCUGGUAAAUGGAUUCACACUUUUCGCUCUCUCAUUGAUGAAAGGGGUCCUUGGUCAGCUGAUCCAUUUCCAAACAGCACAGUAACACACUGGAAACUUGAUAAAACAGAGGAUGCAUGGCGUCGCCGACAAAAGUUGAGACGGAAUUAUCAUUUUGAUGAAAAGCUUUGUCGUCCUACCUCUACCACUCCUAGCGUUGAGGCUCUUAAUCCUUUCAAUGAUUCCAAAGCCGGUUUUGCAGCACAUAUUCCUGAGCAAAUGAAGAGGUUCUUGCUGAAAGGGAUAAGGAAGAUUACGGAUGAGGGUUCAUCUGAAUUGAAUGAAAGUGAGAGCGAACUUAGUGGGCAAAAGCCUGGCUCGGAGGACUUGUCAGAUAGACAGUAUUUGGAGGUCGUAAAAGAGAGUGGUGAUCUGAAGGACAUUGCUAAGGAAGACUUAGAUUGCUCCUCCACGCAGAUGGAAUCAGAAGAUAGUGAGGUUCUCAUGUCAGUCCCCUGUGUCCUUGUUGCACCAAAGAGAAAGUUAGCUGGACAUCUAGCAGUGAAAAAGAAAUUUUUGCAUUUCUUCGGUGAGUUUCUGGUCGAAGGUACAGGAGGGUCAUCCGUUUUCAGAAACUUUGACUCUUCUGGGAAGUUUGAUGUCAACAAGUCUGAUCAGUUAGGGGGACUCCAAAAUCACAAAUUUCUCAAGUGGCCCAUCAGUUUUGAUUUAGAUUGUGAGAGAGGAAGAUCCAUUAAUAGCAUUGGUGCUGUUAAUAAUGAUGCGCAUCAAAAGCAUCCUAACAAUAUAAAUCGGCACAGGAGAUGGAGCAUCUUCAAGGUAAAGGCUGUCCAUUGGACUAGAUAUUUGCUAAGAUAUACAGCAAUUGAGAUUUUCUUCAAUGAUUCCACUGCUCCUGUAUUUUUUAACUUUGCGUCGCAAAAGGAUGCCAAAGACGUUGGAAGCUUAAUAGUUAUAAACAGAAAUGAGAGUAUGUUUCCCAAGGGUUACAGGGACAAGGCUGGAGUUAUUUCCUUUGUGGACAGACGUGUGGCAUUGGAGAUGGCAGAAAAUGCUAGAGAACGCUGGAAGAGGAGGGAGAUAACAAACUUUGAGUAUUUGAUGAUCCUGAACACUCUUGCUGGUAGAUCUUACAAUGAUUUGACCCAGUAUCCCGUGUUCCCUUGGGUUCUGGCUGAUUAUUCUUCGGAGACUCUUGAUUUUAACAAAUCUUCGACCUUUAGGGAUCUUUCAAAACCUGUUGGAGCCUUGGAUGUUAAAAGGUUUGAGGUCUUUGAGGAUAGAUAUCGUAACUUCUGUGACCCUGAUAUUCCCAGUUUUUACUAUGGUUCUCAUUACUCGAGCAUGGGAAUUGUGCUAUUUUACCUCCUGAGGUUGGAACCUUUUACAGCCCUCCACCGUAAUCUUCAGGGUGGCAAAUUCGAUCAUGCUGACCGGCUUUUUCAUAGCAUUGGAGGAACAUAUCGGAACUGCCUUUCUAAUACAAGUGAUGUGAAAGAGUUGAUUCCUGAAUUCUUUUACAUGUCAGAAUUUCUGAUCAACUCAAACUCAUACCAUUUUGGUGUCAAACAAGAUGGAGAAUCAAUAGGUGAUAUUUGCCUACCUCCAUGGGCCAAGGUAUGGUCUCAUUGCAUAUUUCUACUGAAGGCGUGGUUUAAGUUUUUCUUCAGCUGUAUGAUGAGCGCUUGUAUCCCACUUGAGGGGGAAAUAUGAAAAAUGCCUAAGAAAGGGAACUGGAAGCAAAUUAUAAGAGGUUCUCUAUGCCUAUAACCAGACUCCAGCCCAACACAGAUGAUUGCUAUAGCAUGUUUUUGUGGGCUAUCAUAUACAAAAAGCUCUCCUGAUAUGCAGGGAUUGGAAU